AUGAGGAAAAGGCUGGUCCUGCCGUUAGGCUCGAACCAGUGGAAUGCGGUAGAUCUACAGUACAACACUAAACUAUCCGAUGGCUUCCCUGUACGCGAUGCGGAGUCCGUCAAACGCAAGUUCUACGCACUCAAGAAUACGCGCAACCCGUCGGGAGAUCUGGCGCGCCCGGCCGACGUUGCUCAAGUCAAACACGUAUAUCGUCGGAUCGAAGGGAAUUGUGGCGUAAUAGUGUUGGACGAUGCUGCCCCGUCUGUCGAGUCUUCGGCUAGAAGUUCCGCCCCAUCAAACAGUACUUCACAGUAUGAGGCAACAACUAAUGCUGAAGAAGCACAAGCACUGCAAGUGCAGAGCCAGCCUGCGUCUGGCAGAUUGUCAUCCACUGUCAGUGGCGAAGUUAACAAGGUACAGUAUCACAUCGUCAAGCAACCCAAACAAGCUGGCUACAAGAACCUCAUCUCGCACCUUCAGGCCCACCACAGUGGGUAUGAAGAUGUGGCGGCUGAGUGUAUUAGAAAAGCAUGUGCUCCUAUGAGCAGCAUGUUCGUUCAUAAGGACACUGCUGAUACGUACGGCUGGGCCAAGCUCGUUGCGCUCAAGAACUUUUCGUUUACGCAUAUCGACGACCCUGUGACCGUACUGCCGUACGCUACAAACCACUGGAUCGCAAGACCCUACUGA